GGGGCGGACCGCGUCGGAGACCGUGCGGCUCGAGAAGGAGAGCUCCGGCGAGCGGGCGAGCGCAGGCCCCGAGAGCCCAGCGCAGCCCCCAGCAGCCCGAGUCCGUGCUACAGUCCUCGCGGGACCCGAGCCGGCCGCCGUUCGCAGGGAUCUCGGGCGUCCUGCUGCGGCCGCUCCGGGAAGAGGGCGCCCUCGCCGCCUGCACAGCCCGGAGAGCGCUCGGGUCCGCUGGGGGCCGCGCUCGCCGCUCCCCGGCCGGCCCGGGCGGCAGGGCACUCGGUGCGCGCCCGGCGAGCGCCCCGGGAGGCGGCGUGCUCGCUGGAAGAUCGGCGGUGGCCGUGCCUGCGGCGGGACUUCGGUGCAGCUCCUCGAGGGUGCGACCCCCGAGCGCGCGUGCCGCGCGACCAUGAGGGCGCGGCCGCGAGUCUGCGAGGCGCUGCUCUUCGCCCUGGCGCUCCAGACCGGCGUGUGCUACGGCAUCAAAUGGCUGGCGCUGUCCAAGACCCCGGCGGCCCUCGCGCUGAACCAGACGCAGCACUGCAAGCAGCUGGAGGGGUUGGUAUCUGCGCAGGUGCAGCUGUGCCGCAGUAACCUGGAGCUCAUGCACACCAUCGUGCACGCCGCCCGCGAGGUCAUGAAGGCCUGCCGCAGGGCCUUCGCGGACAUGCGCUGGAACUGCUCCUCCAUCGAGCUUGCCCCCAACUACCUGCUUGACCUGGAGAGAGGGACCCGGGAGUCAGCCUUCGUGUAUGCGCUGUCGGCGGCCGCCAUCAGCCACGCCAUCGCCCGGGCCUGCACCUCCGGCGACCUGCCCGGCUGCUCCUGCGGCCCUGUCCCAGGCAGUGCAACAAGACGUCCCACGGCAGUGACAGCUGUGACCUCAUGUGCUGCGGACGCGGCUACAACCCCUACACGGACCGCGUGGUCGAGCGGUGCCACUGCAAAUACCAUUGGUGCUGCUACGUCACCUGCCGUAGGUGCGAGCGCACUGUGGAGCGCUAUGUCUGCAAGUGAGGCCCUGCCCACCCUGUGGGGACUUGUGGAGGCCCAGCCAGGGGCCCGGAGACACCCCGUGGAGUUUUUCUUGGGAAUUCCAGAUGCCAGGCAUGGGAGGCGGCUUGUGCUUUGCCUCCCCUUGGAAACCGCCAGAAACAGAAGGCCCGGCCGCUCUGGAAGGAGGGCCAGGACAUCAAAGGAAACCGACAAGAUUAAAAAUAACCUGGCAGCCAGAGCCUGGGAGUGCCCACUUGCUGCCUUCCAGACUCGUCUAAGAAGCCAGGGGUAUGAGUUGGGCAGGACUGGCAUGGACUUGACCUUUCGCAGCCGGAGACGCCAGCCUCCCGGGAAGGGAGGUCUGCCUGCCCUCCUCAGAAUGUCUGCAGGCCCAGCCCUUGCAACGACCCCCGGCCCACCCCAGGGUCUGAGCCUGCUGGGCAUACCACAUGGAACCACUAGCUUGGGUUGUAAAUGUUUUUUGUUUUGUUUUGUUUUGUUUUGUUUUGUUUUCUUCCUCUGGGAUGUGGGAGCUACAGAAAUAUUUAUAAAACAGCUUUUUCUUUGGGGUGGCUCGCCUCAAUUCCUCUUUAUAUAUUUUAUAUAUAUAUAUAAAUAAAUAUAUAUAAUGAUCUAUA